AUGAACGUAGUCUUUUGCGUACUCAGUGGCUUUAGUGUCAACAUUGCCAUGCUUAUUGUCUGCCGGACUCUGGCAGGCGGCGCGUCUGCCUCGGCCCAAGCUGUCGGCGCGGGCUCCUUAGCUGAUGUCUGGGAUAACGAAGAGCGAGGGAGAGCUAUGGGUAUUUACUACCUAGGGCCGCUGUUGGGCGUCAUGUUGGCACCCAUCUUUUCCGGCGCCCUUACAAACGCGUUCGGAUGGCGAAGUACCAUGUGGUUCCUCGCGGCUUACGGGUUUGUAACGCUGGUUCUGAUCCUCUUCGGCCUUCCCGAGACCCUCCCACGACGAAAGGAGCACGCUCCUCCAGCUGAUCCUGCCCUCGUGGUUGACGGUCAGCCACUAUCACAGGCCGUGACCUGGCUUCGGCGCAUCUUUCUCGACCCGCUUCGAAUCAUCAAGUUCUUCCGUUACCCUGCGAUCCAGUGCACAAUCUGGUGCAGUGCGAUUACGUCUGGCAGCUUAUACAUUCUCAAUAACGGCAUCCAGCCUGCCUUUGCUAAAGCCCAUUAUAACUAUAGCCCGUGGGUUAUCGGCCUACUCUAUAUCCCAGGGUCAUUCAGUUACGUUCUAUCCAGCAUAUUUGGUGGCAUCUGGCUAGACAAGGUCAUGAUCCGGAAGGCGGUUAAGCAGGGUCGCUACGACUCCAACGGCAAGCUUAUCGUAUUACCUGAGGAUCGAAUGCAGGAGAAUAUCUGGAUCGCCGCGGUCUUGGUGCCUUGCUCCUUUUUAUUAUUUGGCUGGGUUACGCAAUUUGGCAUCCACGUCGCUGUGGCUCUAUUGGCCACCCUCAGCUUCGGCGUCAGUAGCAUGCUGGUCUUUGUGGCGGCCAAUACUAUGCUGACCGAGUUUAUGCCUGACGACUCGAGUUCAGGAAUCGCGCUCAAUAACUUUGUGCGCAAUAUCUUCACCUGCGUUGGCUUGCUGGUCGCACAGCCUCUGCUGGAUGCCAUGGGCUACGGCGGACUGUUCUCGUUACUGGCUGGACUAUGUUGGGUCGUUAUCGCGACGUGUAUAUGGCUUCUGAAGAAGAGCAGCCGCAGGUGGAGAGAGGCGAUGGACAACUCGAUGGCGAGGAAAUCUGAGACGAGGUGA